AUGAGCACUGACGAAGUGUCUCGGAUGUUCAUGCCUCAGCGCAAAACCGUGCAGCGGAGCAAUUCCUCUUCAUCUUUGUCUUCAACCAGUUCUUCCGGGUCCACCAUCACCCUGACACAAAACGAAGUCAGCGGAGAACAACCACAAGGAGGCAAGAAGAAGGCAAGAGGAGGAUUCUGGCCAGUCUCAAAAUCAGAAUCUACCGCCAGUGUCUCAAACGCCAGAGCAAAUGGAUCGGUACAAGCUGCUGGUGGAAACUCUCUGGUCGGCAAGAAUCAGGUCCAGCCUGCCCUACCCAGUCAGAAUGGGGUUAGUCAAGCAAACGGUACAAGAGUUGUCGGUGGACAAUCCAACGCCGAGCCAGCCGCCAUACUGGCGUUGUUGCCAAUGAACGGUACCUUCGAAAGAAAACAAAUCAACCUGCCUUUCUAUCCAGAUGUGCUUCGGAUCGGGAGACAAACGAAUGCAAAGACUGUUCCCACGCCGGUCAACGGAUACUUUGAUUCGAAAGUGUUGUCACGCCAGCAUGCCGAGGUCUGGGCCGACCGGAAUGGGAAGGUUUGGAUCAGAGAUGUCAAGUCAUCCAACGGGACCUUUGUCAACGGACAACGAUUGUCUCCGGAAAAUCGAGAGUCGGAGCCGCACGAACUUCGUCAGCAUGAUACACUUGAAUUAGGUAUCGAUAUUGUGAGCGAAGAUCAGAAGACGAUUGUUCACCACAAAGUGUCGGCCAAAGUGGAGUAUGUCGGGCUCCCUGGGACCACGAGUAAUGUGCUGGAUCUCAGCUUCGGAGAUCUUGAUCCAUCUCAUGGAGGAGCACUUCUAGCAUCACCAGUCAGUUCUCCAAUGAUUCAUUCACGCAGCCGGCCUGGUGGACCGGUCACAAACGGACGACUAUCUGCACCUUCAAGCGUAGCGGGAAGUCAGAUGAACUCGGUAGCUCAACAGCGGCAAAUGAAUUUCUGGGGAGCACCUUUGAACGUCGAGCAGCUUGUCAAGUCAAUAUCGAAUGAAAUGCGGGCAGCGAGACAACAGGCUGAAGACCUUGAACAAGCCGGUACAUUUCUCACGUCCAUAAUCACGCCUGGCAGCGAGGCGGCCAAAGCUCCACCAGCUCAGAAGGAACCCGCACCACAAAGACAGUCAAAUGGACGGUCCAAAGGAUCAAAGAUGGAGCAUGUGGCACGUUUUGCUGAACCUCCAGCUCCGCCACCACAGCAACCUUUGCCUGAGAAGCCUGACUCCGCCAAAGCCAGCCCCGUCACGAACUCAUUUACGAAUCUCUUAAAACGAAGUGACACAGCAAAGCAGCCAAACAACACAACCAGUUCCCCAACAAGCACCCAAAGAAGUGAGAUAUUAUCCUUGAUGGAGAAAUUUAACUCCACCAAGCAGGAACUGGAUUCACAGGUAGCAAGGGUCACACAACUAGAAAACAUGUUGAAACAAGAACGCUUAGCCAGAGAAAAAGCAGAAGAAAAGGCACGGAGACUAGAGCAGCAUACUGCAUCACGACCUGUCUCCAGUGUUGAAGAACGAUCGGAAGGCCUUGCUGAACCAGAUCUUCUCGACACAACAAAUACUGAAAGCACGUUGAAUGUUCACAUCGAUGACGAAACAGACGAUCGAACGAGGAACUUGCAACAGCAUCUCGAUCAGGUACUCGGAGACAUGCAGAAACUGAGAUCCGAUGUGGAUAAAUUUCAACAGCGUGCCGAGAGUGCCGAGGCAGACGCUGCAAGCGCCAGGAAAAGCCUUGCUGAGAUGAUCGAGAAACUCCGCGAAGACGAUGAGGAGGCUGAGAGACUACCAAAGAAGACUCGACAACGCCGCUCGGCCAGAGAAAACGCCCAGGCAAGCCGAGAGAGCACUGAGGAUGAAGACGACCCAAAGAACAAAACACUUGUUCAGCGGCCAAAACAUGCUAAUGGUCACAUCCGAGCACCGAGGCUGCCUGAACAUCUAGAGCAAGCGGUCGCAACCAUCCUCCAAGACAAGAAUGGCAAUGGCGAUUCAUUUGCUCAGUCUGCGCCAUAUGUGUCCAUGUUAGGUGUUGUGCUGAUAGGAGUCGGGUUGAUGGCCUACCUCAACUCUUUCCAGCGGACGGAGAGAUGA